AUGCUCGACAUGUUAUUAAUAACCACGGGACUGAUACGCCGGACCCUUCCCUCCAAGACCCCAAACCGAACAAUAACCUUUCCUCAUCAACAACAACUCAACACAUACACACAACACCUACAACCCGGCCCAUACGACCGCAUGCGACACACAGCGACACCAUUCCACACCGACGUGAACAAUAGCGCACACGACAUUGACCUCGACUCGGAACUCAACUACCAGAGCUUGUCGUCAUCGCCAGUCUCGACACAGUCGCUGCUCUCGCAGUACUCGGGUGUGGGUUCUUCGCCUUUGUCGACCUUUGAUAGCAUUCCGACACCGACGCUGGGAGGACUGAGAGGAGAUUUCGAGGGCUCUUUGUUCGAAUACUCGCCACAAAGCAACCAGGCCACCCUCGCAGAGUCAUCUGCCUCGCUUUUCCCAAACCUCGACCUGAUGCAAACGGAUACGUGGAUGCCAAACGGCCUCACCCCAAGGUCGGUCGGUCGAUUCUCACAUCACAGAGAGUCUUCGCUGUCUUCUCUGGGCUCCAAUGGUCCAGCUUCUCCAUAUUCGCACAACACCACCAAUCCUCAGAUCGCGGUGACGGAUUCUCUGGGUGAAUACCACGGCUUGCCAUCACAGGAAGACUUCAACUACCAACUUGCACCAACAAAGCCGUUUCCCGGUGUGACACACGACAACUUCUACGCCAACCUCGGGACAUAUGCCUCGGCCGGUCCAACGGCUAUCAACUACCCACAAGUAGCUACGGCUCCGAAGCGGAGGGACGACCGAGGGUUGCUUCAGCCUUCUGAGAACCCGAUUGGGUCUAACCGGUCACAGCCCGUAUCGGUGGCGAGCUCUAUUAAUUCUGACUCACCCGCCACCCCAGCAGGUGACCUCGAGGAAGACAGGAGGAACAAGAAUGGUGAGAAUGAACCAAACCUUUUCGAUUACCUCUCAAACGAUCCAAGCUCACCAUUCCUCGAUGAAGCAGUCAUGCACACCGUUCCCAAACUCGACCGCACUCUGACGGAUGUUUAUGCCGAUGAACUCUACAACCCAGACUUCACCCUCACAAACACAUCAGCAUCUCAGCUCCCAGUAUCACCAACAAACGACUUGUUUGUACAGCGGAUCCAGGCUGCCAACAACCAGCACUUGACAGCAACAGUCAACUCACCGGCCUCAGCGACACCACGGGAUCGAUCACCAUUCCGCCACGGCUCACCGCACGCGCCCUUGCCAGUGCAUGAUUUCUCAUCCAUGGGAGCUUCGCAAGCUCGCUUCGGGUCGGCUCAGCAGAUGCGUGAGCAGAGCAAGGCGCUUCAGGACGCCCGUGUUAUGCAGCAACAACUGUCUCGCGCUGCGAGUGCCACCACACCACCAACUACCAUCUCACCCAAGGACGCCAUGCUCGAGUUCCACGAGUCGGAUGGAGACAACAGCUUCCCACUGUUCCCACCACAGUCGAGCACCUUCAACGUGGAUGCCAUCACCAAGGCCACCAGUGCCCCCAGCCAGCCGGCGUUCAACGGGCUUUCUUUGGAUACUACGGCCAUGUUCAACAACUACCUGGCCUCUGGCCUUCCCAACAACAUUCAGGUGCCGCAGCAAUACCCAUUCAUCGCACGCCCACAGCCACGACAAGAGAGCGCUGUGCCAUCGCUGAGCAAUGCCUCGCUCAACACAUCAAGAGUCAGCUCUGUCGAUACCGGUCUGGACUCUGUCAACAGCCCACCAAAGCGACCUGCGGAUGUCUCUGCUGACGGAGGCACGUACACCUGCACAUACCAUGGCUGCACUAUGCGCUUCGAAACCCCAGCGCUUCUGCAAAAGCACAAGAGGGAGGGACAUCGCCAGGCACAUGGCCUCAACGGUAGCAGGCAGCCAGGGGGCAUGACGUCCAGUCUCAUGUCGCAGGCUGGGCCUCACCGCUGCGAUCGUAUCAACCCCAGCACUGGAAAGCCCUGCAACACUGUCUUCUCGAGACCCUACGACCUUACCAGGCACGAAGACACGAUUCACAACGCACGCAAGCAAAAGGUUCGCUGCAACCUGUGCACUGAUGAGAAGACGUUUAGCCGCGCUGAUGCCCUUACUCGACAUUACCGCGUGUGCCACCCCGAUGUUGAGUUUCCCGGCAAGCAACGUCGUCGGGCUCACGCCAGCGGGUGAAUGUCAACCGUCGCUGCAACACCACAGCGCUGCGACACGGCCCGACAGCUUGGCGAGAUCUGAAUCAUGCUGCCUUCGACGACCACACAACAAAACAUCAAUCAGCAUCAUCCAUCGAUUUUGGUACCAGCCUCGCGCUGCCGAUCUGACUGGCAUGGUGUGGAAUGACACAAUUCACAAGAGAGCGAUGCGCCAACCGACAGGCUUGGAUCGGCCCACGGAGCAUCCAAGGCUGUUGCAUCGUUCGGGCGUGUGUGGUGGUGUCGAUUGCAUCGCAAAUGACGUCGACUGACACGAGGGGUCCCUUGUGCAUCAUCAAGCGCCAAUUGUCGGUUGUCAUUGGUUGGGAGGCCCUCAGUGUGCGACCCCGCAAGAAUUCAGGGUCUAAACCACGCCGCUCCAUGGCGUCGUCCCUGCAGGGUCUAACAGGGAACCCCGGCUAUUUCUGGGCUGUCUUUGACGGAUCAGCUGGACCCUGACUUUUUUUUUUGGCUGCCAUCGGCGCCCAACUCGAGCCCUUUUCGCUUCGCCAGGUUCACCUGUCAUAUGACGUCAUCCCCACCCUCGACACCACUCCGGAAUGUCUCGAUUUCGGGUUUGGGAGUUGGUUCCCCGUCAUCGAAUGGGAUCAGCGACCGUUUUCCUUUUUUGGUGUUCAAUCUUGGGUUUCUCGACCUUUUUCGGUUUCCUACCUCGAACUUGUAUGAUGUAGUGGUGGCUUUCUUUGCGGAGCAAAGCAACGCUUUUACCCGAUUUCCCGCCAUCUUCGAUGACGAUGUCGCUUUUUCAGUUCCCAACAUGGAGAGCGGUUUUUUUUCUUCAUUAUUGUGUCCUAGAGCCCGGCAAGCGUGUGGGACUGCGACACUUGUACCAACAAAGUCUAUGAUGACAAUGACGGCAUUCCCACGGGCGCUUGAUAUAAAACGGUUUUGGGACUAUGAUCGCAUGGGGGUUUUUUUUACGAUUUUUUACGAUGGAAUUCUAGCGUGUAUUAUGAAAUCAUGGGUGGCAUCAAGAAAGGGAAAGGGAUAUGAUAGAUCUGCUUUCAAAGCGCGGGCUAGCAAAGGAGUGCAUGGCUAGCGAUUUUGUUUUUGGAUUUUCUCACAACGCAUCCCGGCUAUCAGUGCUGGGUUUUGUAUCAUUUCUCUUUAUUUCUUUCUUGGUUACUAGAAAUGGCGGGUGUCUUUUCUAUAGACCCAAACAUCCCCUCGAUGGGGAGAGGUUUGGCGGGCGAGGUGUUGAUUUCACUGGGUUUCAAAUGGGUUCAUCUUUUGGGGGAUGGGGAAAAAGAGAAUGAUUACUACUGCUACAAUGAAAAGGGUGUACAGUCGAAUGUUGUACGAUGGAGUGGGUGGGGGGAAUGAUUGGUAUAUUGAUGGGAAAAAGUAGAUAGCAUGAUUCUGAACAAUAGUAUUUAAUACCCCUCA